CACAACGGUCAAAAUUUCUCCCCAAUUGUCUGUUCAAUCAAUUAGUGUUUAGGGUUUGAUGAUGAAGCUUCUUGCCUCAAAUCCAUGGUGUGGCCAUGCCAUUUCUAGGGUUUUAGGUGCACUAUUGUACUCAACCGAGGCCCUGGCCUCCUCCAUCAUCUCCUCCUCACCCCCAUUUCAGUCCCUGUACCGUAGGAUUUUGUUGGUUGGAAAUCGAAAUCCUAGGGUUUCCGUUGUGCCGAUGCUCGAUCAGUGGGUCAAAGAAGGGAGAGAAUUGAAGCAACCAGAGAUCAAAGAUUUCAUCAAGCAGCUCCGUAAAUCCCGUCGCCAUAGCCAAGCACUCGAGGUUUCAGAAUGGAUGAGUGAUGUGAUGAAGCACGAUCUGUCUCCCGGAGGUAUUGCUGUUCGGCUAGAUUUGAUCUCCAAAGUCCGUGGUCUGCAACAAGCUGAGAAGUAUUUCGAUAGCAUCCCAUACCCAUUUAGAGGUGUUCAAUUGUAUGGUUCUCUCUUAUACUGCUAUACAUGUCAUAAAUCUGUGGAGAAGGCUGAGAUUACUUUCGGAAAGAUGAAAGAGUUGGGUUUUGCGAAAGGAUUUUGGGAUUAUAAUGCAAUGUUAUCCCUCUAUUUUCGAACGGGUGAAUAUGAAAAACUACACGUUCUAGUCGAAGAGAUGGAAGAGAAAAACAUUGGUUAUGACAUUCACACAUUGAAACUCAGAAUGUUAUCGUAUUCAGCCACUGGUGACAUAGACCAAAUGGAAAAGCUUUUGGUGAAGAUGGAAGCUGAUCCUCUGGUCACCAUGGACUGGCAUGGUUAUUUUGUUGCAGCGAAAGCAUUCUCGAAGGCUGGACUGUUGGAAAAGACAUCAACAUUGCUGAGGAGAUCGGAGCAACUAAUUGACAAUGACACAAGGAAAAUUGGUUAUGAACACCUGAUGAUUUCAUAUGCUGCUAUUGGUAAUAAAGAUGAGGUUUAUCGGAUUUGGGAUUUGCACAAAAACACCGUAGGAUUCUACAAUAAUGGGUAUCGAUGUGUGGUGAGUUCGUUGAUGAAGCUGGGUGACAUUGACGGUGCUGAGAAGAUUGUGCAGGAAUGGGAAUCUGGGGUCAAAUUCUAUGACAUUGGUAUACCCAACUUACUGGUCACUGCUUACUGCAGGCAAGGUCUUUUUGAGAAGGCCAAAUCAUAUGUAGAGAAGCUUAUGGAGAGCGGAGAGGGGAAUGCAAGCACAUUGCUUGUUUUGGCUACAGGAUAUCAUAUGAAUGGUCACAUGGAAAAGGCAGUGGAAGCAAUGAAAAACGCAGCAAAAAUGUCAAGUCGAUCAGGACGGAAGUUUAACGAUUCAACUUUGGAUGCAUGUCUUAAGUACUUGAAAGAGAAGGGAGAUACGAAAUCAGCACAUGAGAUUUUGAGAUUAUUGAGAAAAAAGGGUUAUUUACCAACAGGUUCAUGCGAUAAGUUAGAAAAUUAUGUUGAUGGUGGCCAACCCCAGGUUUGAAGUCCUUGAUAAGGUGAAAGGGGAAAUCAUAUGGUAGGGAUUAAUAAAAUUCAGGAUGAAGGGAGGGAGACAUGUAAAAGUGGAGCUUAACAAUGUGGGUAGGCUGUUAGCAACUCAAAAGCUAUGUAAAUGUAUGAGAGGUAUUUUGUUCUAUCUAAACGCUUCCGAUGACUAGGUA